UUUGUUUUAUAAAUUUUUAUUUUUAAUGAAAAAAAAAAAAUCUUUUUAUUUUUAUUUUUAUUGUUUAGAGCUGGUGGUAUUGAACUUUAUGCAAUGGGAGGAAAAAUAAAAGUAUCAAAUACAAUUGAAGCUCGUCUUGCAAUGAUUUUUAAUCAAAUUCUUCCAGAAAUUCGAGAAAAAUUAUUUGGUGUUAAUCUAAAUAGAAAAUAUCAUGAUUAA